UAGUGACAGUAGCAAUAACACUGUGUCUAUUGGCAGCGUUAUUCUUUUUGAUCGAUAUCACGAUGGUACUCGCAUUUUGGAAAAGGAAAUGCUCAAUUUGCAAACAAUGUUGUAGUAACGCAACGGAACUUAUACUACACAAAGCCAACGAAUCAAAUGUACUAGAAACCCAAAUAAUGAGGCAUGAUGUAACGACCAGCCUGAGUGACAUCAGGGUACCCCGUGAACUAGAAGGUGUUGCAACGCCUGAUCAUUGUUACCGCAAAGUCGGAUAUUCUCGACGACGAGAAUACAUUGACUGUCCUACCUGCGUACCAUCAUUAUGCAAUCUCGGCGUCGCUCAAAUUCAAACGGAAUCGAAAAAGGUGUCUGUCGUGGAAAGUCAAACUCCGAGCGCAAUCACGAAGGAAACACCGAUGCAGACGUUGAGUAAAUGCGAAUUCUGUCGUCAACACAUACAACUUCCCAUCACUGUAGGAGCUGGUGUGCCCAGUACGCAUUGUUUUCAACAUCCACAAUGGAGUUAUCCCGCUAUCGUGCAGUUUCUUCGCGGAGAGGUCAGCGCGCCGUGUUGCUCUAGAUGCAAAUGCAAACCGGAUACGGCACAGACGCAACAACAAUCGCGGCAAUUAAAACGUACGGGAUCACUGAUGUCAAAAGUAAAAUCUAAUCCUAAUAAAAUGACGAGUGAGACAACACAGCAGGUUACGAAUAUUGAAGGGUUUUGUAACAAUGUUACAAAAAUGACGACGACGCAACCAACCCCCACAUACAUUGCUUCAUUUUAUGGGCCGGACAAGGGAAUGCAGACCGCAUCGGAUAUUGAUUACAAACGAAAAGUGGCUGCAAUAGAGAUUAAAAAAGACAUAAGAGAGGACAUCGAUCAAAAAAUUACGGAAAAAACCAAAAUAAAGCUUACGAAAACUAAAGGGUCCGAUACAAUCGAAAAGACGAUCGUAGAGCAUGAAAACGCAAAGCAAAGAAAGGACAGCAUAGAAGGAAGAGAAGAGAAGACAAUUGAAGAAAAUAAGAUCGAAAGGAGUAAGGGAGGAGGAGAACAAUGCGCUAGAAUUUAUCAAGAGUUUGGGGGUGCAAUGGAUCAAGAAAGCAUAACAAACUUGAAGGAAUCGUCGAUGCACACGAGCAGAAUGUUAAGCACGCCGCUAAGUAGUAGAAUGAAAUCUCGAACAUUGUUACACUUAAAAUCAAAUAAAGUGGAUCCAAUUAAGGACGCAAAUGUAUUCGUGAUAAAUGAGGACUGCAUCCCCGAAAGGAUGGCAUCCAGGACGAUACUUGAUAAUCAGAAUAUUCAAGGAAGUGAGCAUUCAGCAAGGAUUGGAACGCCGAAUUCUAUAAUUGAACGUCAGCUGAACGCUGCUUGUUCGCUCUACGGGCGACAGAAGAGUUUAACGCCAACUUCGGACAAUUCAAGAUGCUAUAUCGUCUUUAAGGACAGAAAGGGGAGAUACUUUUGUGAAUUUUGUGCCCCGCUAGAAAGUAGAAAGAUAACAAGCAGAUUCGAAGGUACGGACUCAAGAAAGCUACGAUGUGCCAGUUGUCGAUUGCAUUUUCGUGAUCGAGGCAUCAGAACUAACGUUAAACCGAAAUCAGAUACUUGUCCGAAAUACAGCCGAUUGCAAAAGCACAUGGCUUCUCCCUCCACCACGUAAACAACAAUCACAACUACAUAUCUCGUGUCGAUAGAACGCACAUUGUGACCGAAAACGUCGAUCGUGAUUAUUUGGUUAAAAAUAUUUAUUUCUUACAAUAAUAGUCAUUAGGAAUAGCGAUUAAGGAACUUAAAGUAUAUACUCGUCUUCGCGCGGACAUGCUGAAAAGAAAUAAGCAACGCUGAUCACGUUGUUGAUUAUUAGCUGUAACUUAGUGUAAGAUAACACUAUCGAAAGAACAUGAUUUGUACUUCUUUGCGACAUUCCUCGAAACAUGAUAUCAAGUGCGGGAUGCACUGCCAGCGGCGGGAUGCGCGUCACUUGUAAUCUGCUGUAACAUCAUUAAUGUAGCGCUGGCUUAUUGUCGACUUUAUCUUUCUUUCAUUUUCAGUCUUGUAUUCUUAAAAUAUAGCAUGAUUUCUCGGAAAUGAGGUUUGGCUUAAGGCUCCUGACUAGCCGCCGCAGCCAUAUCGUGACGCGACGAUAUUGGAUCGUGACGUGACAAAAGAAAUGACACAUUGAAGUUUCUUGCACGCCACUUAUAAAUAAAGAGAAUUUGAGUAAAAUAAUAA